AUGUCUCGCUUGGUCAAUGGAGCGAGGUCCUUUUCGACGACCGCUUCAUCCCUUCUCGCCGACGCGACCGCGGCUUCCCAAUCUGUUCGCCAACCAUCCAGCUUUCAAGUCUUCCGCGAUGUUCCCUCAAUCCGGGGACUCCGGCGCCAAUUGUUCCAGAAGGACCGGACUGUAGGCUUCGUUCCUACCAUGGGCGCACUUCAUGAGGGCCAUCUCUCUCUAAUUCGACAAGCUGCUCGCGAAAAUACAGACAUUUUCGUCAGCAUCUACGUCAACCCCACACAAUUCGGAGUCACGGAAGAUUUGUCCAGCUAUCCCCGCACCUGGGAUACCGAUGUUGAAAAAUUGGAAAAGCUGAAUGAGGAGCUCGAUCGGUUGGGAGAAAACAGUGCAAGUGCUGGGCGCAUCACUGCCAUUUUCGCACCGACUUCGAAGGUCAUGUACCCCGGUCUGCCCCCUUCGUCGGAGAUUGAUGGGGAUGGCUCGUUUGUCACAAUUACCCCGUUGUCCACUAAACUGGAGGGCGCUUCUCGUCCGGUAUUCUUCCGUGGUGUGGCAACAGUCUGCAUGAAGCUCUUCAACAUCACAACCCCCGACCGUGUCUACUUUGGCCAGAAGGAUGUGCAGCAAACCGUGGUCAUCAAGCGUAUGGUAGAGGAUUUCCAUGUUGGUACCGAAGUGCGAAUCAUUGAAACUACACGUGAACAUGACGGCCUAGCGCUGAGCUCGCGGAAUGUCUACCUGGGUGACCGGAGACGAACCGUCGGGCUCACAAUCUACAAGGCUCUGAAUGCCGCCAAAGAAGUAUAUCUGGCCGGCAAUAACAACCGGGCGGCUAUCCUCGGGGCUGCUCGUAAUGUGACAGAUUCUGUCCUUGCCGAACAGCAAUCCCUUUCGCCAUCCGAGAGAGCACUUUACAAGGUCGACUACAUUUCUCUCGCCGAUCCUGACACCCUUGACGAGCUGGAGAUCGUCGACCCGACCAAGGGUGCAGUUUUGAGUACCGCAUUCAAGAUGGCACCGCUGGAAGAGUCCAAGCCAGGCGAAGACUGUGGACUGGGCGAUGGCAAGGUCCCCGUGCGAUUGAUUGACAAUUUCAUUUUGGAUCCUCGUGCUUGA